CUCCGUUCCAUUCUGACUCUGCUCCGUUUCCUUGCUCUCUUUCUCACCUCCUCGCCUCACCCCACGUCCCACGCCGUCCGUCCACACCGUGUUUGGCGUCCACUGGUGUCCACUAACAGUCUACCUCACACUCCCUUCCUGUUUCGACCAUCCCACAACACGCGUCCCCUAUCACGCGGCUUUCGGCCCGAAUGCCUGGGGAACUGCUAGUAGUAGUAGUAGUGGUGGUGGUCCGAGUAAUUAUGAUGGGAGCGCGAUCACAUCACUAGUAGUCCCUGUCUGACGGUCCGUCCGGUCAUCACAGUAGUUACGGCUUUCAUCUCUCAGUCUCUCUAUCUCUCUCUUUCUCCCUCCCCUUCUUGGUCUCUCUCUCUCUCUCUGUCUAAGCUACUGACUUGUCCCCUUGAGAUCUUCAGCCGCCGAUUCGCUCCUUCUAGGCAAGAAAUGCAUCUAGUCAUCGUGACCUGCUCACUAGUACUAACAGUCGGCCUGAGAACCUAGUGAAUAAGCAUUGCUUAUGCGAAUCGUGGACUCGACUAACUACUGCUAAUAAGCAUUGCCUUGAUUUUCACGAUUCGGAAUCGUCGGCCGUGGAUUAACUACUGCUAAUCGCUACUAAAUUCUCCAGCAUUCGUGUCGUCUCCUUCCUCCGUGUUACGUCCUUCCGUUUCGACGAUGUACGGCUCUCGUGGCGAUAAUUUCACGAGGUUUCGUAUCAGCGAAAGCGGCAGUAACCCGUCGCCGGCGCUUCUUUCGCUCCCCGCGUGCGAGAUCUGCAGCGACGUCGUCGGCGUUUCGUCGGACGGGCGACGGCCAUUCGUCGCAUGCUCUCGCUGCGACCUUUCCUUCCCCGUCUGCCGCGCGUGCUUCGAAUUCGAGAGGAAGGAAGGCAGCAACGCGUGCCUAAACUGCCAUCUUCCCUACAGCGACGAUUGUAACGAAAUGCGCGAAUGUAACAGUGAUUCGCAGUCGGUACCCGAGACGACCGUUUUCGCCCCGGGACGGCACCUACGGAAUGACGUGCAUGGAGUUGCGAGUGUGGAAUCGUGGGUUGAUCAUGGGGUGAGGUCAAACGGUGUUGCUGCUGCUACAGCUGAUUCUGGGGCUGCUGCUUCUGUCGCUGAGACUGAGGGGAGCGACGAGAGCGAGGGAGAGGAGGCGCUUUACCGCUGGCAGAUGGAGCAGCAGCAGCAGCAGCAACGACAGCAGCAACAGCAGCAGCAGCAACAGCACCACCACCACCACCACCAGCACCAGCAGCAGCACCACCACCAGCAGCAGACGCCACCACAGCAGCGGUCAAAUCCCUUAGCCUCUUACAGGCAACCGCAUUCCUUCUCGUUAUCUCCUCGUAGUGACCCUCCAGCAGUUAUUCCCAUCACUCCUCCCAUCCCUCCCCUUCCUCCCACCUCUCCCUGUGACCCUUCCACCCCCACAAUCCAACCCACGCAAUCUUCCUCCUCCUCCUCCUCCUCCGCCUCAUCCUUCCCUAACCCUCACUCCCUCCCCUUCUCCCCUUCCCUCUCCCCCUCUCCCUCCCCCUCCCUUUCCCGCUCCCCGUGGGCGCAAGCCCACUCCCCCUGCACCCCUCUUCCGCCUUCCCCCUACAUGCUCCCCGGAGUGUCCUCCCCCUCACCCCCUUACGCCUCCCCCAACCUAUCCCUGGUGCAUCUUCCCCCCCCCGCUGUUCCCAGUACCUUACCUCACGCCUCACCUGCUGCUGCUGCUCCCACUGUUUCUGCAAGCACUCGUGCAGUUCCCCCCAUGGCUGCUGCUGCUGCUGCCCUUCCUCCCCCUCUCGACCUGUCGGGGAGGAUAGGGUUACCAGCAGCUGCAGUAACCCCUCUAGGCAACCUCUUAAAGCCGCUGACACGGGAGCAGCAGUGGCUGCUGUGGCAGAAGGAGCAGGAGAGGCGGGCGAAGGAAGCAGCAGGAGUGCGGGCUUUAAGCCCUGGUAAGGACCAGACGGCAUAUGGGUAUGGAAGUGUGGUGUGGAAGGGGAUAGGGGGGAGAGGAAGUGGAGGGAGGGGGAGAGACGCCACUUCAGCGGCUGCUUCUGCUGCUGCUGCUGCUGCUCCUGCUGGUGCUGGUGGUGCUGGUGCUGUUACUGCUGAUGGCAACGCUGCUGUGCCAAUUCCCAUGCCUCUGCCUCUCCCACCUCUCCCAUCCACCUCCCCAGUGUCCGAUUCUCCUGCUUGUGAUUCCGCACGACAAAAAGCAGUCGCGCCUUACCGCUCAAACCUCGCCCUGCAACCAGCCCAUGCAGGGCAGAAGAGGCUCAUGGCUGUUGGUGAGGCAUGCUAUAACGGGCACAGCAACGGCCGCAGUGGAAACUGUGAAGGGGCGGAGGAGGAGACGGAGGAGCCGGAGGGGGGAGAUGUUCCAAGAGCGGAUGAAUCCCGGCAACCGCUUUCCCAGAAGCUUCGCCUACCAGCCUCUCUCGUGAACCCGUACCGACUCGUUAUAAUCCUCCGCCUUAUAGUCACGAUCCUGUUCCUGCGCUGGCGAAUCCUCAACCCCAACACCCGCUCCAUCCCCCUAUGGGCAGCCUCAGUAACAUGUGAGAUCUGGUUCUUUCUUUCCUGGAUCUUUGACCAGUUUCCAAAAUGGACUCCAGUCAGGCGAAGAACCUUCCCGGGCAGGCUUUCGGUCAGAUAUGAAAACUCCUCUGCUGGUGUUUCCCAUCUCGCACCGGUGGAUGUUUUUGUCUCUACUGGAGACCCUAGAUCGGAGCCUCCACUAACCACAGCCAACACUCUCCUUUCCAUACUCGCUAUGGAGUACCCCACUGACCGCGUAUCGUGCUAUCUGGCUGACGAGGGCGCUUCCCUGCUGACCUUCCAAAUGGUGGGGCUAGUUGCGGAGUUCGCCCGGCUCUGGGUGCCUUUCUGUAAGAAAUACAGCAUUGAGCCCAGAGCCCCUGAGGUUUAUUUCAAACAGAAGGCAUUCCCGGGUGGAGGCGGGAGGGGAGGAAAAGGAGGAGGAGCAGGAGGAGGAGGAGGAGGAGGAGGAGGAGGAGGAGGAGGAGGAGGAGGAGGAGGAGGAGGAGGAGGAGGAGGAGGAGGAGGAGGAGGAGGAGGAGGAGGAGGGGAAACGUCUAGUGUGUGGAAAAGGGGUGCUGGAAGUGGAACUGCUAAUGGUGGCGCUCGUGCGUGUGAUGCUGGUGGUGGAUACAACGGCUGUGGGUCCUCCGAGGACGGUUGGUCUCUUAGCAGCAAGGACAGCGAGGGGCCAGCAGCAGCAGCAGCAGCAACAACAGCAGGAGAAAGAGGAGAAGCAGCAGCAGAACGCUCUUGGGCGGACACCCCGAGCGGAGGGUGGGGCUGCUCCUCCCGCCACACCUGCAGCAUCGGCAGCAGCAGCAGCAGCAGAACCAGCUACCUAGCCUCCCAAACCGACCCCUCGUUCCUCACUGACCGCCGCACGGUGAAAUCUGCUUGGGAGGGGGUGAAGAUGCGGCUCAACCAGCUAACCGCAAAGUGGGAGGAAGGGCUGGAGGCAGGCGAGUGGAGCAUGGAUGACGGCAUGGCGUGGCCGGGGAGCCGGAGCAGGGACCACCCUGGUUUGGUGCAGGUGCUGCUGGGGCCGAAUGGUGGUGUCGCUGCUGCUGCUGCUGCUGCUGGCACUGGCGCUGGCGCUGGUGCUGGUGCUGCUUUUGCUGCUGCUGAUGGAACUGAGAAGGGAGUUGAGCAGGGGAUGGAGAAGAGAGCCGAGAAGGGCACUGCUGAAAGGGGCAUGGAGCAGGGCAGCGAGCUGCCGCGGCUGGUGUACGUGUCUCGGGAGAGGCGCCCGGGAUUCAACGACCACGGCAAGCCCGGGGCGCUGAACUCCCUCCUCCGCGUAUCCGCUGUACUCACCAACGCCCCGUUCGUCCUCGCUCUGGACUCCGACCACUAUCUCAAUAACGCAGAGGCUCUUAGAGAGGCCAUGUGCUUUCUCAUGGAUGGGGCGGGGACAGCAGCGGCCACAGGGGGAGCGGACGUGGGGGCACCGGCAGGGGUGGGCGGGGGGCCGGGGGCUGGGUUGGGGGUGGGAGUGGGGAGCAAGUGCUGCUUUGUGCAGUUUCCUCAGCGGCUUGACGGCGUGGAUGCGAGCGACCGAUACGCCAACCACAAUACCAUCUUCUAUGAUGUGGACAUGCCUGGGCUGGACGGCGUUCAAGGCCCCAUUCUCCUCGGCUCAGGCUGUUGCUUCCGUAGGCAAGCACUCUACGGAUCCAAGCCCCCUGGUGCCACCAGCGGUCGUGAUACUGACUCAACCACCCGCAGCAGCAGCAGGAAGAGCAGAAGGAGCACUGGCACCAGCAGCCGAGGCAGAAGAAGGAGCAGCAGCAGCAUCAGCAGCACUGGCACCCGUAGCACCCCCGCAAGCAGCAGUACUAGAAGCACAGGCAUUACCAGCAGCAGCAGCACUAGCACCGCCGCGCCCAUCCCUCCCUCCUCGUCCUGGUUCUGCUGGGGCCGGGGAAAGAUACAGCAGGACGAAGGGGGCAAGGCAGUGGCAGGAGUAAGCACGGCAGCUGGUGGUGCUGCUGGUGCAGGUGCGGCAGGCGCAGCAGCAGCAGCGACAACUGGUGGUGUCGGUGGUGUUGGUGGUGGGGAGGUGGUGAUGGAUAUCGAGAGGUACACACGCGUGGAUACAAUGCGCAGGAGGGGCGGGGCAACAGCUGCUAUUAUCCCUGCCGCUGCUGCUGCUGGUGCUUCCAGCUCCCCAUUGCAUUUCUUAGGCUGCACACCCACGGCCGCGUGCAGUAGGGAGGACAGAGCCGACACAGCGGCCUCAGAAACCUCUGCAGAGGAUACGGAGGCCACUCCUCUCGUGGCGAUGAAGCGGUAUGAGCGCCGGUUCGGCAAGUCCCCUCUGCUCAUCCUUUCCGCCUUCCAUGACUCCCGGUUCAGCCCUGGGGAGCGAGGGAGUACCGCACGACCAGCAGCACAGACAGCAGCAGGAGCAGGAGCAGGAGCACCAGGAGCAGCAGCAGCAGCAGCGGUAGGAAAAGCAGAAGCAGGAGGAGGCUCUUCAGGGCGGUGGCACGGUGCCGCUCUAGUGAGCCAGGGCACUCUCCUCAAGGAAGCCAUCCGAGUGCUCUCCUGCGGGUACGAGGACCGCACCGACUGGGGCCGGCACGUCGGCUGGCUCUACGGCUCCCUCCACUCCUCCUCCCUCCUCACAGGCCUCCUCAUGCACUCCCGGGGCUGGCGCUCCGUGUACUGCUCCCCUCCCCGCGCCGCCUUCGUCGGCUCCUCCUCAGUCCCCACUCUCAACCUGUCUAACCGCUUGCAUCAGGUGCUGCUGUCCGCUGUCGGCUCGAUGGAGAUUUUCCUCUCCUCCCGCUGUCCCGUCUGGUUCGGCUGGCGCCACGGCCGCAUGAAGCUGCUGCAGAGAGUCGCGUACAUUCACGCAGUGCUUGGUCCCUUCACGGCCGUUCCUCUCCUGGUUUACUGUGCUCUUCCUGCCAUGUGCCUCCUGGCGGACUCCUUUAUUCUCCCCCGGAUAACCACCACUGCGGUGCUUUACAUCUUGUCCCUCGUGGCUGUUGUCAUGGCUACUAGUAUCCUCGAGGUGCGGUGGAGCGGAGUUACCUUGACCGAGCAGUGGAGGCACGAACAGUUCUGGGUGAUUAGCGGCAUAUCGGCGCAUCUCUUUGCUGUUGCGCAAGGGUUUCUCAAGGUGGUUGUCGGGAUCGACACUAGCAUCGCAGUUAAAGAGAAGCCCGAUGCUGCUGCUGAUGAUGAUGAUGACACUGCUCGGGGGUAUUCGGAGCUUCAUAUCUUCAAGUGGACAUGGCUCCUCCUGCCGCCUGCUUUUCUAGCUGGUUUGAAUGCAGCAGGAAUUGUUGUUGGGAUCUUCCAGGGUCUCGGUGGUGGGGUGAGUGCAUGGGGGAUGAUGCUUGCGAGGGUGGCAUUUGCACUUUGGGUUAUCAUGCACCUAUACCCUUUCAUCAAGGGUUUCUUUGGGAGGGAAAACCGGCUGCCUACUCUGGUUUUGGUAUGGGGCGUCCUGCUGUCGUCGGUGCUCACGCUGCUGUGGGUGAACCUUGAUCCUUUCGGGGAUCAUCUCAAGGGACCUGACCCCGUUCUCUGCGGUAUUCGCUGCUAAGAUCGCUCUCUAGUUGUGCUUAAUAACGAUCCUUGGGGCUUGGGGGUGACAUCCCUGCAUAGUGAGCAUAAUAACUGCUAAACGAAUAUUUUGUUCCCAUAUUUGUUUUUAUUGCCUAGAUUGAAGGAAUUGAAGUUGGACUGAGAAAUUGGA